CGUGAUCGAGAUCCCGCUUUGGAUUGGCUGCUGGGCUCGAAGCGUCGCAAUGAGCCACCGCAGAAGGACCAGUCUCGAGGAGGCCCAUAGCGUUGGCUGGGCUUGCUCCCGUGUAAAGCUAUUUGGGAUUCGCCAUUUUCGCUGCGUAGAAGUCGAGCUUGACAAUGUCGGUGGCACGACUCGGAAAAGUGGUUCCCAAAACAAGCAUCCUGUUCCUGUGUGACAUGCAAGAGAAAUUCCGGCCUAACAUCAGCUACUUUCCCCAGAUUGUGUCUGUGGCAGCUCGGAUGCUGAAGGUUGCCAAAGCACUUGAAAUCCGCACAGUGGUAACUGAGCAGUACCCCCAAGGCCUGGGUCCAACAGUGCCAGAGCUGGGUGCUGAAGAACUUCCAAAAUACCCCAAGACCUGCUUCAGCAUGAUCAUCCCAGAGGUGGAAAAGGAGAUGGCUGCUGUUCCUGACCUGAAAUCUGUGCUUUUGUGUGGAAUCGAGACACAGGCUUGCAUCAUGAGCACAGCACUGGAUUUGAUGGAGCGAGGCCUGGAUGUUCACAUAGUGGCGGAUGCCUGCUCUUCUCGCAGUCAAGUAGACAGGAUCAUCGCGCUGUCCAGGUUACGUCAAAGUGGGGCCUUCCUUACUUCCAGCGAGGGACUUAUUCUGCAACUUGUCAGGGAUGCUGCCCACCCCCGUUUCCGAGAGAUCCAGAAGUUGAUUAAGGACCCUGCCCCAGACAGCGGACUGCUUCCCCUCCUGACAGGACCAAGCCCUCUUUUCAGUUAGGUUGGCUACUUCACGACAAAUGGUCACCAUCAUCCUUCUUCACCGAAGCAACUCCACCCAAUAGGUUUGAUCACUGCUGCGCUUUGGGUACAGAGAAACAGAAUGAAGACAGCAAAGUUAAUUUUGAAGCAAGACAAUGAUGGGGUUGCACCUUGCCUAGAAAUCUACCUAAGUUCAUACUUAGGGGGUUUGCUGCAGUUAUUCAGUGGGGUGAAAUAACUGUUUUUACACAUAUUGAAGGCACCAGAUUCAAAAGAAAUGUCUCAUUCUCUUUUCUGGUUUGUAAUGUCUUGGAAUGAAAAUAAAAAGGGAAGACGGAGCUUGAAAAAGUAAUUACUAUGAAUUACUACCCCCAGACCACUCCAAAUGCCACUGUUGUAGUCUUAAAAUGUAACUUUUCCAAGCCAGCAGGGAGCAAUGGGAUUACUAAAAAGAAAAAGAGUUCAUAACACUAUAUAUGUUCAUGCCUUCUCGCACUAGUUCUAUGAUUCCACUUUAAUUGCCAUGGCUGCAUCCUGUGGAAUCAUGGGAUUUGUAGUUUGAUGAAGCACUAGAGCUCUGUGUCUUGAGUGUUCUAAAUACCAGCCCCUAAACUGCAGAUUCCAUGGCAGUUAAAGUGGAAUUAAAACAUCAUAAUCAUGUAGCAUGAAAGGCCGUUACUAUUCAAUCUGCUAUGCAAAAGGUUUGAAUUCUGCAUUUAUAAAAAUAUUCUGGGGAAAUUCCAUAAUUUGCAAACGGAAUAAAAGAUAUUGAAAUGAA